AUGAAGAACCCUUUCAAGGCUGUCAACGUCGGCAAAAAUGCCGAGGUGGUGUAUACCCAUAACGCCCUCGAGGCCGGACAAGGCCUGCAUACCACCUCCGACGAAGCUGCGUUGCAGGUCCAGGGCUCUGUCGAGGUGCCCAAACCCUACCAUGUCUUCGGCCUGAACCUGUAUCCCUACCGCCAUCCUCGGGUUCAGACCGCCAUGCUGGGCUUCGUCAUCUUCCUGACCGUGGGAAUGUACCAUGUGAUUACCGCCAUGGGCGGCGCGGGACAGCAGACUGCCACUCUAGCCGACGGCGCCAACAUCACCCUCUACACCGUCUUCACCGUCUUCUGCUUCGUCUCACCGGCUUGCCUGAACUACUUCGGAAUGCGCGCCACUCUGUGCUUCGGCGCCGUCGGGUACGCCGCCUACGCGUCCAGUCUUUGGUGCUACAACCGCACGGGGAAUGAGGGCUUUGUCUAUUUCGGCGGUGCCUGGAACGGUCUGUCGGCCGCUUUCCUAUGGACGGCUGACCGGACCGGUAUCUCGGCAUAUGCCACCGAGGACAAGAAGGGCCUCUACGUCUCCAUCUUCUGGACCGUCUUUCAGGUGGGCACGGUGGUCGGGUCUGCCAUCCCCGUCGGCCAGAACUGGAACGCUGGGGUAGGCAACAAGUCCACGGUCAGUGACGGGACCUACAUCGGCCUCUUCAUCCUCAUGAUCACCGGCGCCUGCGUCGCCCUGUUGCUCUACCCCAUGACCAAGAUGGUGCGCGAGGACGGCACGCGAGUCACGCUCCCGGCCCAGUUGACCUGGCUGGAGCAGCUCCGGGCCUCGUGGCAAGUGCUGAAGGAUCACAAAUAUAUCAUGUGGAUGUGGCCGUACGCAUGGGCCAUCAACUACUACUCCAUCUACCAGAACAACCGCUACAACUCGCCCGUCUUCACCGUGCGUGGAAGAGCGCUCAACACGCUGAUGUCUGGCAUUGCCCAGAUCUUCUCCGCAUGGGUCAUGCUGAUCAUGACCGACAAGCUGCCCCUGAACCGCCGGCACCGAGCAUACGUCGGCCUGGCUUUCGUCUGGCUGCUUGUCAAUGGCGUCAACAUCGGCGGCUACUUCGCCAUGGUCGAGACCAAGUUUGGGCUGAAGGAAUCCCAGAAACUCGACGUCUACACUCCCGGCUACGGGCCCAAGGCAUUCUUGUACGUCAUGUACGGUUUCAUGGACGGCUGCUACAACACUUUCGGCUUGUGGUUCAUCGGAGCCCUGUCGAAUGACCGCCGAGAGCUAUCCGUCUACUUCUCCAUGUUCACGUUCUGGCAAUCCGCCUGCACUGUGUGUGCCUACGCCCUGGAUUUCCGAGGCGUUUCGCACCAAUUCAUGUUCGGAAGCAGUUGGGGCUUCCUCGCCUUCGGCCCUCUGUGCCUGCUCCCCAUCAUUAAGUGGUACAUGAAGGAAACCAACAUCAUCAAGGCUGCCGAUCUCGCUCUCGACGGUCAGGACAUGGCCACCGACCCGACCGCCACGGCUGUCAAGGAAACCGCUUUCGUCAAAGAGUAA